GUCCCCAAAGCAAACGUAUUGUUGAGUCUACUACAGAAGAAGACGAAAUGGCUUUAUUACGCGGAUCGCACUACGUUAACAGUCAUAAUGUAUUUUUGGCGAAAACUGGACAAAGAAGCGAAGUAGGGAAGCUAUUAAAAGAACAUUUACCGCCCUUGGUUCAGAGAUCGCUUGACAUGCGCCAUGGCAAAUCGCAUUUUGAUAUCCUUAGUGUAGGAACUGGAACGGGGGAAACCGAUGUGGAAAUCUUGAAAAUAAUGAAGAAAGAGUUACAAGAAAGCGAGCAUGGCCAUCACAUGAAGAUCUUCAACCGAAUGGUCGAACCUAACGAAUAUUCGUGUGGUCUCUACAAGGCAGCCAUGGAAAGUUUGCCCCGCAGUCUUCUCGAUGAAAAGCCUAUAGAAGUUGAACUUUGUCGGCAGACAUUUCAAGAGUACAAGAAGAUGAAGGGCGGCCAUCAGCAAGGAUCAGUGAAGUUUGAUUUGGUGCAUUUUAUUCACAGUGUUUACCAUGUCGACGUCGAGGAGGCUCUGCUUCACUGUUUCGAGAAAGAGCUAAACGACACGGGUAUCUUGCUUUUCGUGGUAGCAGGGCAAGACCUCAUGGACUCGGUUAAGUUGAGACAAAACAAGCAUUCGGCUGGAAAAGACAAGGCUAACGAGUCCAAAAUGGUGGAGAGAAUCAUCAACAUUGCUUCUGAUAAUGGCUGGAAACAUAAAGUGUACGCCCAAGAAUAUUCUAUCGAUGUUACCGAAGUGUUUGAUGAGAAAUCUACUGAAGGAAAUCUGCUUCUUGAUUUUCUGACAGAAACUGCGCAUUUUCGUGAGAAAGCAGACACAAAACUUGUGGAAGAAACACUUAAACUGAUUAAGGAUCGGACCAUUUUGAAAGAUGGGAAAAGAUUUGGUGAGAAAAAGGAAUCGCUCAUUGUCAUUUCCAAAGAGCUGUGAUAAAUUGGUGUCACAUCCUGUUU